GCUUUUUUAGUUUUUUUGGAAGGGCACAAUCAGCUGAUAAAAGCGACACGACAAAGCAAUAACGUUAAGUCUGAGCUGAGACAAAUGCCACCAUUGAAGGGUAGAACCCACCCACUGGGUAGUAAUAAAACUGUAAACAAACGUAAUAACUUCAAAAGUUUUUUAAGAAAGUAUCUAAGCAAUGAAUAUGUUAAGUUUCUAAUAUUUAAUCCGGCCGCAUUGCCUGUGGUUUCGGUACUCAUUUUACUGGCCGAGCUGUUGCUUAACGUUUUGGUGAUAUGGCGGGUGCCCUAUACAGAAAUAGACUGGAUCGCUUACAUGCAGGAAUGCGAAGGAUUUCUGAAUGGAACAUUAAACUAUUCACUUCUUAAAGGUGAUACCGGACCACUAGUAUAUCCAGGAGCGUUUGUCUACAUAUAUUCGGCAUUAUACUAUGUAACUUCGCGCGGCCAAAAUAUACGUUUAGCUCAGUAUAUAUUUGCAUGUAUAUACCUGAUCCAAAUAUGGCUAGUACUUCGUUUGUAUACGAAAAGCCGGAAAGUCCCACCAUAUGUGCUCGUGUUUUGUACUUUUACAUCAUAUAGAAUACACUCUAUAUAUGUGUUACGACUGUUCAAUGAUCCAGUAGCUAUAUUGUUUUUAUAUGCCGCACUAAAUUUGUUUUUAGAUCGAUACUGGACUUUCGGCAGUAUUUGUUUUAGCAUAGCUGUCGGUGUCAAGAUGAACAUUUUACUGUUUGCACCUGCAAUGCUACUCUUUUAUUUAAUUAACAUGGGCUACUUGAAAACUAUAAAGCAGUUGGCAAUAUGUGGCGGUUUGCAGCUACUUUUGGGAUCUCCUUUCUUAGUUACAUAUCCGGUGCCAUACUUAAAAGGCAGUUUUAAUUUUGGACGUGUAUUUGAACAUAAAUGGACCGUUAAUUACAGGUUUUUACCACGCGAAGUAUUUGAAAAUCAAAUAUUCCACACAGUUCUUUUGAUAAUUCAUCUGCUUCUCUUGACUAUAUUUGCAAAGCCCACGUAUGUUUAUUUUAAAAACUACGUACGUCUGCGAGCACUACAAGAUCAAUUGCAACCCCAAUUAAAACUGAAAAAUUUGGAAUUGAAACAAGAACGUAUUAAGGAAGCAAAUAAACGGAAAAGUAAUAAAGAACGAAGGACACAGGAAGCGGAGGAGGAAUUAUCUACUGAUCAACAAAAAUUUUUAGAGUCGUUCGAGAAAAGUCUGCAAAAAAGUACCGGGCUUAAUGCACCUAUAAAAGAUUCUAAUUGUGUUGAAGAAACCGAACAAGAAGUAUCAAUACAUUUCGAAAGGUGCACACAGCUGGCUAUACUUCCAUUCUUCUUUUGUAACUUUAUUGGCUUGUUUUGCGCACGCUCUUUGCAUUACCAAUUCUACGUUUGGUACUUUCAUUCUUUACCUUACCUCGCAUGGUCUACGGAUUAUAGUUUGGGUGUAAGACUUCUUUUGCUUGGCUUAAUUGAACUUUGUUGGAAUACAUAUCCAAGUACGGAUUUAUCCAGUGCCUUAUUACACUUGUGCCAUUUCCUAUUACUAUUUGGUGUUGGUAGAAAUUUGUUUAAAUCAACUAAACAAAGUGCGGCAAUAGAAUCAUUGAAAGUAAAUUAAAAUAAAUUUGAAGUUAAAUAAAUUAACAGCCGAAAUGUUGAAUAAAAAUUAAGUU